GGAAGCACCUGAAAUCAAUAUGGCGUCUUUUUCCAUCAAUUUUCGAUAAGAAAUAAAUAAUGCGUGAAAAACGCAACAAUAUAACAUUAUCUCUUGGAUAUCUUGCUUCUUCUCAACUCCCUUGUCCUAUUCGAGUGGUUUUAAACAACCAUGGAUUACGAAUACAAGCGUCAAAUGAGCGAAGAACGGGAAAGAGUUGAAGAUAUCUUUGAGUAUGAGGGAUGUAAAAUAGGUCGAGGCACUUAUGGUCAUGUUUAUAAAGCAAGAAUUAAGGCAAAAUCUGGAGAGAAAGCCUCACUGGAAAAAAAAGAAUAUGCGUUGAAAUUGAUUGAGGGAACUGGAAUCUCAAUGUCAGCAUGUCGGGAGAUUGCUUUACUACGUGAACUUCACCAUCCCAAUGUCAUUUCUUUGCAAAAAGUAUUCUUGUCUCACACAGACAGGAAAGUUUGGUUGUUAAUGGACUAUGCUGAACAUGAUUUAUGGCACAUCAUUAAAUAUCAUCGUAGCUAUAAGGCACAAAAGAAGCCAUGUCCUGUAGCAAGAACAACAAUACAAUCUUUGCUUUAUCAAAUACUUGAUGGUAUUCGCUAUCUUCAUUCUAACUGGAUUUUACAUAGAGAUCUGAAACCAGCCAAUAUACUUGUCAUGGGAGAAGGUCCUGAACGAGGGAGAGUUAAAAUUGCUGACAUGGGAUUCGCUCGUCUUUUUAAUAAUCCUCUUAAACCUUUGGCUGAUCUUGAUCCAGUCGUGGUUACAUUCUGGUAUCGGUCACCAGAAUUGUUGCUUGGGGCAAGACAUUAUACAAAAGCAAUUGAUAUAUGGGCGAUUGGUUGUAUAUUUGCUGAACUUUUAACAUCAGAACCCAUAUUUCACUGUCGACAAGAAGACAUUAAGACUAGCAAUCCAUAUCAUAAAGAGCAGUUAGAUAGAAUAUUUCAAGUCAUGGGUUUCCCCCAAGAGAAAGAUUGGGAAGAUAUAAAACGAAUGCCAGAACAUCCAACUUUAAUGAAAGAUUUUAAGAAAAACAGUUAUCAUGGACUUCAACUCUCGUCUUAUAUGGAAAAGUAUAAAGUUCAUUCAGAAAGCAAAGCAUUUCAACUAUUAGGUAAACUACUUGUUAUGGAUCCUAAUAAAAGAAUGACAGCUGAGCAGGCUCUACAGGAUACCUAUUUUGAGGAGGAACCUCGACACUUAAAUGAUGCUUUUGGGAUUGAUGCAAUUCCUUAUCCUAAAAGAGAAUUUAUUAAUGAAGAAGAUGACACAAAAUCAAAUAAGACUGCUGGCAGCAAGCAAGAGACAAAUGGAAAUGGUGAUCAUCCACCUAACAAGAGGAUGAGAACUUCUGGUGGUAAUCAUGGUCAAAAGGGACAUGCAUUUGCUUAUCAAUCCUCAAGUAACCAUCAUCAACACCAACAAUCUCAUAACAACCACCAGACAAACCGAUCUGGUAAUAAUCAACGUCAAACUGGUCUUUAUAGCUCACCUGCUAACCAGUUCUUACCUCAACCACAGAGAAGAUUUUGAAUCUAUAUUUUUUUUCAACUGGUGUUGUUUGAGAAGGUAAUAUUGAGUGUAUGUUUAACCAUAAUGUACAUCACCUUUUCAUUUUUUAAUGCAUUGAUUGCAUUCUGGCAUUUUUAUUAUAGUAGAAAUGUGAAGUGGAUCAAUAGAUUUUAUUUAUGAACUAUA